GGCGCUCGGAGUGUUAUUUAUUGCGUGCGCGGGCGCGCGCUGUCCCCGGGCUGGGCGGGCGGAGCGGGCUUUGCUCCGCGGUUUCUGAGGCGAAGAGGAGGAGUUAUCAAGUGGACGCUGAUGCUGUAUUUUGGCCUGAGGGGGCGAGGGAGCAGAAGCUGAUGGUUGACAGCUUAGAGAAAAAUUUGAGAGGAUGGAUGCAAAAGCUCGAAACUCUUUGCUUCAACAUAGAGAAGCCCUGGAAAAGGACAUUAAAACGUCCUACAUCAUGGAUCGUAUGAUUAAUGAUGGAGUUUUAACAGUAUCAGAGGAGGAAAAAGUAAAAAAUGAGCCCACUCAGCAGCAACGAGCAGCUCUCCUAAUUAAAAUGAUACUUAAAAAAGAUAAUUAUUCCUACAUAUCAUUCUACAAUGCUCUAAUACAUGAAGGGUAUAAAGAUCUUGCUGGCCUUCUUCAUGGUGGCAUUCCUGUCAUCUCUUCUUCGAAUGGUGGCAAAGAUUCAGUUGGUGGAAUAACUUCAUAUGUAAGGACAGUCCUGUGUGAAGGUGGAGUGCCACAGAGGCCGGUGGUCUUUGUACUAGGAAGAAAACUGGUGAACUCAAUUCAGCAGAACCUCUUCAAACUAAAUGGUGAACCAGGAUGGGUCAUCAUAUACGGAAUGGCAGGUUGUGGGAAGUCUGUUUUAGCUGCAGAAACUGUUCGAGAUCAUUCUUUCUUAGAUGGUUGUUUCCCAGGGGGUGUGCACUGGGUUUCAGUUGGGAAACAAGACAAGUCUGGGCUUCUGAUGAAACUGCAGAAUCUUUGCGCACGGUUGGAUCAGGAUGAGAGUUUCUCCCAGAGGCUUCCACUCAAUAUUGAAGAGGCUAAAGACCGCCUUCGCAUUCUGAUGCUGCGUAAACACCCACGGUCUCUGUUGAUCUUGGAUGAUGUUUGGGAUCCUUGGGUAUUAAAAGCUUUUGACAAUCAGUGUCAGAUUCUUAUUACAACCAGAGACAAGAGUGUUACAGAUUCAGUAAUGGGUCCUAAAUAUGUAGUCUCUGUGGAGAGUGGCUUAGGAAAAGAAAAAGGACUUGAAAUUUUAUCCCUUUUUGUUAAUAUGAAGAAAGCAGAUUUGCCAGAACAAGCUCACAGUAUUAUAAAAGAAUGUAAAGGUUCUCCUCUUGUAGUGUCUUUGAUUGGUGCACUUUUACGUGAUUUUCCCAACCGUUGGGAUUACUACCUUAGGCAACUUCAGAAUAAGCAAUUUAAGAGAAUAAGGAAAUCUUCAUUUUAUGAUUAUGAGGCUCUGGAUGAAGCCAUGUCUAUAAGCGUUGAAAUGCUCAGAGAGGACAUCAAAGAUUAUUAUACAGAUCUUUCCAUCCUUCAGAAGGAUGUUAAGGUGCCUACAAAGGUGUUAUGUAUUCUCUGGGACAUGGAAACCGAAGAAGUUGAAGACAUACUGCAGGAGUUUGUUAAUAAGUCUCUCUUAUUCUGUGAUCGGAAUGGAAAAUCAUUUUGUUAUUAUUUACAUGAUCUUCAAGUAGAUUUCCUUAUAGAAAAGAAUCGCAACCAGCUUCAGGAUCUACAUAAGAAGUUAAUCACUCAGUUCCAGAGACAUCACCAGCCACAUACUCUUUCACCAGAUCAAGAGGACUGCAUGUAUUGGUACAAUUUUCUGGCUUACCACAUGGCUAGUGCUAACAUGCACAAAGAACUUUGUGCUUUAAUGUUUUCCCUGGAUUGGAUUAAAGCAAAAACUGAACUCGUAGGCCCUGCCCAUCUGAUUCAUGAGUUUGUGGAAUAUAGGCAUAUAUUGGAUGAAAAGGAUUGUGCAGUCUGUGAAAAUUUCCAAGAGUUUUUAUCAUUAAAUGGACACCUUCUUGGACGACAGCCAUUUCCUAAUAUUGUUCAACUGGGUCUCUGUGAACCAGAAACUUCAGAAGUUUAUCAGCAAGCUAAGCUGCAGGCCAAGCAGGAGGUCGAUAAUGGAAUGCUUUACCUGGAGUGGAUAAACAAAAAAAACAACAAGAAUCUUUCCCGCUUAGUUGUCCGCCCCCAUACAGAUGCUGUUUACCAUGCUUGCUUUUCUGAGGAUGGUCAAAGAAUAGCUUCUUGUGGAGUUGAUAAAACCUUACAGGUGUUCAAAGCUGAAACAGGAGAGAAACUUCUGGAAAUCAAGGCUCAUGAGGAUGAAGUGCUUUGUUGUGCAUUCUCUGCAGAUGACAGAUUCAUAGCAACCUGCUCAGUGGAUAAAAAAGUGAAGAUUUGGAAUUCUAUGACUGGGGAACUAGUACAUAUCUAUGAUGAGCACUCAGAGCAAGUCAAUUGCUGCCACUUUACCAACAACAGUCAUCACCUUCUCUUAGCCACUGCGUCAAGUGACUGUUUCCUCAAACUGUGGGAUUUGACCCAAAAAGAGUGUCGGAAUACCAUGUUUGGCCACACAAAUUCAGUCAAUCACUGCAGAUUUUCACCAGAUGAUAAGCUUUUGGCUAGUUGUUCAGCUGAUGGAACAUUAAAGCUUUGGGAUGUGAAAUCAGCAAACGAGAGGGAAAGCAUUAAUGUGAAACAAUUCUUCCUAAAUUCAGAGGAGCCUCAAGAGGAUAUGGAAGUGAUAGUGAAAUGUUGUUCAUGGUCUGCUGAUGGUGCUAGGAUAAUGGUGGCAGCAAAAAAUAAGAUCUUUCUUUUUGACAUUCAUGCCAGUGGCCUGUUGGCAGAAAUCCAUACAGGCCAUCAUAGCACCAUCCAGUACUGUGACUUCUCCCCACAAAAUCGUUUGGCAGUGGUGGCUUUGUCCCAGUGCUGUGUAGAGUUGUGGAACAUGGACUCGUGUUUAAAAGUGGCUGACUGCAGAGGACAUUUAAGUUGGGUUCAUUGUGUGAUGUUUUCUCCUGAUGGAUCAUCAUUUUUGACAUCUUCUGAUGACCAGACAAUCAGGCUCUGGGAGACAAAGAAAGUAUGUGAGAACUCUGCUAUAGUGUUAAAGCAAGACAUAGAUGUUGUGUUUCAAGAAAAUGAAGUGAUGGUUCUUGCAGUUGACAAUGUAAGACAUCUGCAGCUCAUUAAUGGAAAAACAGGUCAGACUGAUUAUCUGACAGAAGCUCAAGUUAGUUGCUGUUGCUUAAGUCCACAUCUUGAGUACAUUGCAUUUGGAGGCGAAGAUGGAGCCAUUGAGAUUUUAGAACUCCUAAACAACAGAAUCUUCCAAUCCAGGAUUGGGCACAAGAAAACUGUACGGCACAUCCAGUUCACAGAUGAUGGGAAAACUCUUAUUUCAAGCUCUGAUGAUUCUUCAAUUCAGGUGUGGAAUUGGCAAUCAGAGGAAUAUGUCUUUCUACAAGCCCAUCAGGAAACAGUGAAAGACUUUAGGCUCUUGAAAAAUUCAAGACUGCUUUCCUGGUCAUUUGAUGGAACAGUGAAGGUGUGGAGUAUUAUUACUGGAAGAAUAGAAAAAGAUUUUGUCUGUCACCAAGAUACAGUACUUUCUUGUGAUAUUUCUCCUGAUGCUACUAAGUUUUCAUCUACAUCUGCUGACAAGACUGCAAAGAUUUGGAGUUUUGAACUUCUUUCCCCUCUUCAUGAGCUGAGGGGCCACAAAGGCUGUGUGCGCUGCUCUGCCUUCUCUGUGGACAGUACCCUGUUGGCGACUGGAGAUGACAAUGGAGAAAUCAGGAUAUGGAAUGUCUCAAAUGGUGAGCUGCUUCAUUUAUGCGCUCCGAUUUCAGUAGAAGAAGGAGCUGCUACCCAUGGAGGCUGGGUGACUGACCUUUGCUUUUCACCAGAUAGCAAAAUGCUUGUCUCUGCUGGAGGAUAUCUUAAGUGGUGGAGUGUUGACACUGGGGAAUCCUCACAGACCUUCUACACAAAUGGAACCAAUCUUAAGAAAAUACACGUGUCUCCUGACUUCAAAACAUAUGUGACUGUUGAUAAUCUUGGUAUUUUAUAUAUUUUACAGAUGUUAGAGUAAAGUAGUUAAGGAAUAAUGUAGUUGAACUCUUUAAUUUUGAAUUGGAAAAAAAUUCUAUUGAAACUUCUGUAUUUCGACUUUUUAUAAAGCUGUGAAUUGUUUUGCAGUACUGCAUUCAUUAUGAAAGUGUUUGUGGUUGGGUGAAUAAUAUUAAUGUAGCCUUUUCCCAAACGAACACACCUUUAAUCUUGUUUUUCAUAAUCAUCAUCAUUAUUGUUAACAGUUUGUCCUUAAGAUGCAAAUGAAAAUGUAAAUAUGUACCUUGUUAUACUGUUGGUAAAAUUCUCUCAAUGCAUUCAAAUUGGUUGACAUAAUUAAUGAGAAUAAUUUGAAGGAAAUAUGUAUUUUAAUGCUAUUAUUAUGCAGGCUGUGCCUCAGGGUAGCAGGCCUGCUUUCUGAACCACAUUACCCCAAGGGAUAUAGUUCUCCCAAUUACAAUCUUGGAGCUUAUUUGCACCCCUUAAAUUUGCUUUAAAAAUAUUAUGUUUGUGUGCAUAGUUUGCAGCAUUUCCUUAAAUUCACUAGAUAAGUGAGUGGAUUUCAAAAGUUCUUGUGAAGCAAAAAUCAUAGGAUUACCUUUUUCUCACUAGCUAAUGGCAGCCCUGUGCCGCCACUGGACUCUAGUUGUCAAUCUUUGAGCUGGGUGCUGUCUUGCUUGCUCUGGUUUUUAACCAGACUUGUUACUUGACUGAACUUGACCUUCCUUUAUAAAAUUUUUUUUUUUAUUUCAAGAGAGAGCGAGAGAGAGAGAGAGAGAGCCAGUGAGCGUACGCACAUGUGUGUGUGUAGGGGAGGAGCAGAGAGACAGGGAGAGAGAGAAUCCCAAGCAGGCUCCACACUUAGCACAGAGCCUGAUGCAGGCGCUCAGUCCCAUGAAUUGUGAGAUCAUGAUCUGAGCUGAAAUCAAGAGUCGUCACUUAACCAAUUGAGCCACCCAGACACCCCUGAACUCAACGUUGCUUAAUCCUCAACUUUCUUCUUUUCUUUUUUUACAGUUGAAUUUUUGUAAAUUAGAAUAAUUGGAGAGGACCAAUUUUCAUUAUGUUCUAGCAGAAUUUUUCUAAGAAAUAUAAAAUAGUAAAAAAUAAUUUUCUUCCAAGUCUGCUUACUCAGAUGAAUGGCAUCUGUUUACUCAGAUGAAUUUCGAGAGAAUUCUCUAUGCUUUUCUAUGUAGUAACAGAAGAGUCCUCGUGAAUCUGGAAACUGGUCUGUCUUCCAACUGGUAUUCUUCUCUCCUCUCUUCUGUUCCCUUUCUUCCUCCCUCUUUCCCUCCCUCCCUCCCUCCAAGGUUAAUCAGGAAUGGUAGCUCUUAACAGAGAAAAAGUAUAUCAGCAUCAGUAACUAGCUUUUUUGACUUCCUGAUUAGGAAUUUUAAUUGCAUUAAAGCUGCAUUUUUGCCUGGCAAUACAUUAUUAAGGGAAAUGGCAAUAAAUUAAUAGAUGUGGUUCACAUAAGAAUAACCAAAAUUCAAGAAUUUUGCUGCUGCAGCAGAAAGUAAAUCAAAUGAAUAUUAGUAUUAACAGGUAAGCAGUGAGCCAGUUUCUGUUGUUGGUGUGUAUUAGAUGUGGUAUUGAUAGGGGGCCUAGACCACUCCAAAUGUAUUUUAGAUUAGAUAUUACUAUUUAGCAUUUGAGGCAGUCAUAAAUAUAACAAAUACAAUCUUUUACAUUGUUAAGGAGGUUCGGCUGUUUGUUUUUUUAUGAUGGGUUGAGGUACUAAUUUAUAGGCUUACUGUGAUUUCAGCAAAUGUGAUGUGAAGAUCUUAAUUUUAUGAAAAAAAUUGUGUAAAUGAUGUACUUAGAGUAAACCAUAGUUUGAUUUGCAUACAAUGUUUAGAAACUAUAGCUCAGACUAUAACGUAUUAACUUUUGGAAUUAAAAGCCACUUGACUGUUAAAGUAUAGAACAAGACAUUUGGCUUUUACCUUUGAUUGGCCCUUGUCUUCAAAUAAAAAGAAAAAUGGGAAGAAAAGGUAAUGACAAAAAGGCAAUAUCAAAAAGAUGAGAAGACAAGGUAACUUGAGGGAAGAAGAGAAACCCAAUAUGAGGGAGCUAUAUGUUUCAUGGCAGCUCAAGUGGUCAGUCAAGGGGAGGAUUUUGUUUUGUACUUGCAGAUGAGCAUUUUCAAGCAUUUUCCCUUGCUUUGUUUUUUGUAAUGGAAAUUACAUUGCAUUUUGUAUAUAUAAGGAUUUUUUUUUACAUUGUAUGUGUCUUGUAUGGUUUGAAAAUUCUUAGUUUUAUAAAUUUAUGAUACAAGUCACACAAUUUCUUUUGCCUUGGUAUACAUUUUAAUACAUGAAUUAAAAAAUUUUAUAAAAAAUAAAAUUCCUAAAAUAUUUUUGAAAAACA